AUGCAAUUACUUGAAACUGGGCAAACAUUGGGACACUUUUUUGAGCCACUGUAUAACUCGGGCAAUGAGCUUCUAUCCUUUUGGGAUACAUCAUCAGGUACCGGCAGCAUUGUUCAUUACUUAUCCAUGAUUGAUGUAUCACCGUCAGGUACCAGCGGUAGCGGGCCUUCAAUGCAACAGGAUACAUCCCUUGAUGGACUCCUCACACAAUCUCCCAUCCUUCCAACAGCGCCUUUGCCCCCUUCACACGGCACCUGUGAUGACUGGACGACCCCAGACUUAGAUAUAUUUCUCUCCAAUCUGGAUGUUCAGAUGGGGUUGGAGCCGCUAGCUGGUGCAUCAGAAAUCGCUACUCUUACCAUGGUCCCACUUCCCCCUGCAUCACCGUUCACUGCUGGUACUGUCACCCUGCCUCCAGACACCAGCUCAAGCAUGCUGCCCGCCAUCUCCCUGCCUCCAGAUCCAGACACCAGCUCAAGCAUACUGCCCGCCGUCUCUCACACGCCUCAACUGGACACUACUUCCACUCCCCCUCCAGACACCAGCUUGAACAUACUGCCCGCCAUCUCUCACAUCCCUCAACCGGUCACUACUUCCGGUCACCCUCCAGAUACCAGCUCGAGCGCCGAGUCACUCACUAGCGAACUUCCUCUCACUUCGACAACUCCUUCCUUUGACGUGGAUCCAUCAACGCCUACCCCAGGAAGCGACCAUCUUGAUGAAAUAGAGACCAAUGAUGGAACAGCGCUUGAAACACGCAGGACCAAGCGCAUCCCCAAGCCAUCAACACGCAACGACGCUGCAAAUGCGAUCGGCACUUCUCGGAAGGAAAACAAGCGUCCCCGGGCUGAGAUGUCUUCAUACCACGGAUCCAAGUGA